CUACCAAAUCCACUACCUCUAUGCUUUCUGGCGAAGUUCUGGCUGCCAACCAUUUCGUCGAGCUCACGUCGCAUACUUUAGAGUCGAUCCAGACUCAGUCCUCGGCGUUGAUACCAAUCUCGUUUGCAAUAUCUGUCACUGUUCUUCUCGAACACGAUGCACAUCUUGGGGAGUAUCCGUCACAAUGACUAAGGAUAGCAAAAUCGUUGUAGCUGCGCCAUCGAACCCUACCAGUCGGCUCCUCCGGCUAAUACGCGAGACUAAGGCUCUUUCGUCUCAAUCUAGGUCACAGCGACCGUCGGAAAAUACUUCGGCUGAUGGCACCACAUCAGUGACUUCAGAUCAUCUCAGCUCCACCACAGGCAUUCAUGCCAAUGACGCCUUUUCUACCACCGACUCACCUGACAGGUAGACAAACAAACGACCAAUCGCGU